GUUAUUUACAUUCGCGAAUAUACAGGAUCUGAAUGAUUGAAAGAAUGAAUACGUUUGUGAUCCUAUACUUAUUCUACGAAAUCACAUGUUACAAUUUGUGCCGAUUUAUUUUCGUUCUGAAUCAGUUUCCUACUGCCUCGAAAUGAGGUUGAAGUUGUUUAUUUUCAAUCGAGUCUUUUCGAUUUAUAGUUGAAAGUGUUGCUAUGGAUCUAUUGGAGGUUAUUCGUAAUUUUCGAGCUUAUUUUAAAAAAGAAUGGAUGUAUUUGACACAGCUGAAUUGACAACAUCUUCGAAGGUGCAGCUCCAGUUGUGACAAGAGCCAACCAAUAGUCGCGUUCAGAACGGUGCGGUCAUCUAAACCUGUUGUGUCGUAGUGUUUGUGAUAAGAACAUAUCCAUUCCGAAGAACCUCAAGAUGGGCUGUGAAUUGGGGAAGUUGGCGAAAAGCGGUAGUUCGGCGAAAAACCAAAAGACUGAAGAGGCUUCAGCACCUCCAGUGCAAGUGGACAACAGACUACCUCUGACUGCUAAGCAGAAGUACAACAUGUUAGCCUCGUGGAGAGGUAUAAGCCGAGCGAUGGAGUCCACUGGAGUUACUAUGUUCUUGAAAUUGUUCGAGAGCCAUUCCGAGCUGCUGUCACUCUUCGAGAAGUUCAAAGGGCUGAAGACAAAAGAGGAACAGGCGAACAGUCAAGAACUAAUAGAACACGCGAAUAACGUCAUGAACACCUUGGACGAGGGCAUCAAAGGACUCGAUAACUUGGACGUCCUUCUGGAAUAUCUACAUCAAGUUGGGGCGUCCCAUAGGAAGAUACCAGGCUUCAAGGCGGAAUAUUUCUGGAAAAUAGAGAAACCUUUUUUAGAAGCAGUGGAAACAACGCUAGGAGACCGUUACACUGAGAAUGUGGAGAACAUUUAUAAAAUAACGAUAAAAUUCAUCAUAGAAACAUUAAUAAAAGGAUAUAACAAUGCCAAUUCUACAACGUGAGCCACACCUCUGAAGACUGGAAUAUAAUGAAGUUGUUGCAGAUUUUGUGGAAUAGUUAUGACCAGUAACAGAUAUAAAUAUUCGCGGAUCCUUUCAUUUCUCAUUCUCAUUCAUAUUCUUGAUUGUGUCUUCAAACGGCAGAAAGAUUAAAUUUCAUUGAAUAAUUUCGACUUUUUCUAAAUAUCAUCUUUUAACUUGAUUUGAUUCAUCUUUAAAUAAUGCUCUGUUGAAGAUUUUCAAAAAUGAACUGCAUAUUUUCUAGAGAGGAGUACGUUUAUUUAUAUCUGAACUUGGUCACAUAGUAUGUAAGGAAUUAAAAUAUCAAAUAUUUUUUCAUUCGUAUUAUGUGAUUGAUUUUCAUGGUUAUGCUACCACCACAAUUUGAUGUCUUUUAGAAAUUUCCAUGAAUUUAAUGACGAUAAUUGUGAUGAAUAUACAGGGUGAUUCAAAUGUCCAGGUCAUAAUUUAUGAAGUGAAAGUUCUAGUUGAAAUAAGAAGUCCUUUCAAGUAAAAUUUUUUCUCGAAUCCCUUCAAAGAUGCAGGCUGUUAAACUUUUUUCAUUUAUUUUAUGAAUUCUAAACGUGUUGGUAUAAUAAGCCUUUGAAUUUUGGAGGAUAUUGUAGUCAGAGGAUUUCUAUUACCAUCCAGAACCACCAAAAUUUUAAUGUUUCUAACCCAACUCGUUUAGAAUAUAUAAAAAUGAAUGAAAAAACAAGUUCAACAGCCUGUAUAUCUGAAAGGAUUCUGAGAACUUCCCAAAGUUAUGACCAGGACUUUUGAAUCACCCUGUACAUGAAAUUGAUGUAUGUUUGCGAAGUGGUUGUAAAUUUUAUUUAUAUAUUUUGUAAUAUACUUUUGUAUAGAGAGCUGUGUGUACUUGUAUAUUCGCAUGAUUACAAUGAAUGUGAAAGUGUUGUUGAGUUUCUACUCAUCCAGGUAUGUUUUUCGAACAUUAAAAAUUUCGUUUUCAAAGUCGAAGUUUUUAUGAAUAAUUAUCCUAGCACAAAAACUGCACUUUUUCUGUAAGUUUGGAUCAACUUGAAUGACAUGUAUGUCAUGGGAAUGAAACAAAUUAGGAAGAUGUAUUAUUCAAACAACUCGUUUUUUACAAAACAAACAGAGAUAAAUUUGUCAAUUGUGAUGUCAAUUCUGUAUAAAUAAUUUCUGAAGAUAUGAGUGAAGAUGCCCAGGUACAUGUGUUGUCAUUGAUGUCACCUUAAAUGUAAUAGUUUUAACAUUGAGCGCUAUCUUUCUGAACGUGUUGAAGUCAUUAUGUUGAUUCCAAUCAAAUCGAGAACUCAUUUUCAGAAAGAUUGCCCUCCAUCUACUGUCAGUUCAGUAGAGACAAUGUUGUAUUCAGUGAAAAGUCUAUUUGAGACAUUAUUGUAAGCCUUGAUGUUGAGGCCAGAACUUUGAUGUAAAUAGAGUCAAUCAUAAUCAUAAUUAAUUGAUAACCAAACCUUCAGAACAUUGUCAUAUUUAUUAUUUUCGUUGAAUCUGAAAUUUGUUCAGCAUUCAAGAAGUGUGAUAAAAAAGUCAUUUUUCAUUGUUACUUAUGUUUCUCUUGAGAAUCUGAAUGUUUCUUGAAAAUGUUUAAUAAUUACUUGUAUAUGUUGGUAUAUAUAAAUUGUUAUUAGUGUAAAAUAAAUUGAUACCAUAGUUGUA